GACGUAAGCACGAUUCUGAAAUAAUUAUUCCACUCUUUGAUUAAAAUAUAUUUUCCAAUUGUUUUAUAUUUGUGCGCACACGUAUAUGUCCUCGCCAUCCUUUUUAGGGAACUCGCUGCGCGGAAACGAAAUGACGUGGCGAUUACUCGCCAGUUGAUCAACAACGAACAAUGAGCCGUGCGGUCGAAUCGCAGCUUGAACACAUCUGACACUGGUAAUCGCGUGUGAAUUCCCUAAAAAGAUUUCCCGUCGAGACACCUCCGGGCGAUGAGAAGCCAUGUAUAUAUGCUAUUCACACACAUCGACGAAUUACAUUUGUUCUUAUCGAUCUGAUGCGUGUGUAUCUCGUAAGGAAUCCGAUCGCCCGAGCUAUACCGGAUUAGUGCAUACCAAAGGUCGCUGCGCACAACGUCCGUUCAAAAUUCAAUAGCGCAACACAAGCUCAAAUUAAGCAAGCUUAAGUUGAGUAAUUUGAAAAGUAUAACUUCGACAGUGAAAUAAUGAAUGUGAAUCUUACUAAAUAUUAUGACAUCAUUAUUGAUAUUUAGACGUUUAAUUGUUCAAAAUAUUUAUAUACUUUCCCAUGUAAAUAACUGAUUCGCGUGUGAUAGCCUUCGGCGUGCAUCAAGCCGGUGCAGUGCGGGUGCAUUCGCGCAAUCAGCUGAUGUUACACGCCAACAUCGAGCGAUAUUAGCAAAGGUUAUCGCGGAAGACGUCGUAUGCGCUCGUCAGUUUAUUAUUAUUGCUCAAUGACUGUAUGUUUUAUCACGAAUCUUGCGGAUGUCAGUGAUUAUAUGGACAACAGAAGCAGCUCGCACAUAUCUGUGUUCUUUGUAAUAAACCACCCAGGUAGCACGUGUUAGUUUCAUACACAUUUUUUAAGUAUGCAAUGUUUCACGAUCGUUAUUACACAAAUUUAGAGGACGUAUAUUGAACUAACUGUGCUAUCUGGGAACUCUCUUCCCGGUAGAAAACCAGUUUUACAAACUUUCUCCUCAAAUGUUACCGCCUCUCACUCAACUAACGUAUUUUCUCAUUACUCCGGGUGCGAUUAGUCGCGAUUGUGUAGGUGACUCAUCCGGCCCUGAUCUAAUUGACGAUUUAAAAUUCUAACAAUCGAGUGUCAUCUGCCCCAUCUUAUCUGCUAACGCUGAUGGAAACGAUUGGCUUUUCCGUUAUUGUGAAACGACGAGUCAUAGAAUCGGAAACUGGUGUUGGCAAUUCUCAUUAUUAUUCAUCGAUUGGUUCAGUUAGAAUCUGAGUGAAAGUCAAUCUCAUUAUUAUCGUCGAUCAGCUUAAUUCGAGUUUUCGAAAGUGAUGCCCCGAGUGUUCUCGAGCCUGAUGAGACGAAGUUCGUCCAGGAGCGUAGAAAUUUACAUCAUCAUUAUCACACGUCACCGUAUUCGUCGUCACGCUGGAUAUCAGCGUGUAAACAGGGGAUACGCAGUGUAUAGCACGACGUUGCGGAACGUCGACGUGUGCGCGCGACCAGUGUGCAGUUAUAACGACACGCGUGACGUCGGCGCUGUGUCUAAUAUAAUUCCGCGUCGUUCUCCGGGUUUAGUGGCGUGCAAAUUUCGAGCUUUCCUCCCUCCCUCAUUCUCUCUCUCUCUCUCUCUGUCUCCCCCUUUUUGUCGCCCGCGGUUUUCGUUCCUCCUCCUGGGAAAUGAGCAGGGAGUCGGUCACCGACAAAACGCUGGGCGUGGAAUUCGCGAUCGGCGCAUUGGCGGCGGUAGGCGCCGGCUUCUUCACGAAUCCCGUGGACGUCGUGAAGCCAAGUAUGAGGGCGUGCACUCCCUGCAGGCUGGACUCGUGCCCGCCUUGGCCUUCCAAGUGGUACUCAACGGUAUUCGCUUGGGCGCGUACAAGUCCGCGCAAAGGUACGAGCUGAUCCUCGAUAAGCAGGGCAACACCGACGUGCUGAGGACCUUGUUGGUGUCCGGCACCGCCGGCUGCGUCGGGGCCGUUCUCGGCAGCCCGUUCUACUUGGUGAAGACGCAGCUGCAAGCGCAGUCCGCCAAGUCCAUCGCCGUAGGCCACCAGCAUGAUCACUCAGGCUCAUGGGACGCGUUCAGGUCGCUGUGGAAGGAGGGCGGCGUCACAGCUCUCUACCGGGGCUGGAACGCGAAUCUGCCGCGCGUCUUCGUCGGCUCGGCGACGCAGCUGACCACCUUCGGACUGGCAUCAGACUGGCUGCGCUCGUUAGAUAUAUUUCCAGACCGUCCGAUAUUGCUGACCUUCUUGGCCUCCGCGAUCGGAGGCAGUUGCGUGGCAGUCACUAUGCAGCCGUUCGACGUCCUGGCGACGCGGCUGUACAAUCAACAGACAGACGCGGCCGGAAAAGGCACCCUGUACAAUGGACUCGUGGACGCACUUGUGAAAAUAUUUCGCACCGAGGGUCUCACCGGCCUGUACAAAGGAACGUUCCCGACGUGGAUGAGAAUAGCGCCGCACACGGUUCUCUGCUUGGUGUUUUACGAGCAACUAGACCAAUUGUACGCCAAGCUCAGAACGCGAAUCGACUGACGCUAGUAGAUUCUGUAUAAAUUCUAUAUUUAUACUUGCUAAGUACACAACACACAGCGGACACACACACACGCACACAUCUACGUACACACACACGUAGUAGAGAGAUAAGAAAGAUUUUAUAUAACUUUAAGAUUGUUAGCAUUAAAUAUUGCAGAUAACGUUUGAAUAAAAUUGAUGUCAUAUA